AUGACCAAAAACGUUCUACUAUUAGGUUCAGGCUUCGUCGCCCAACCAGUAAUCGACACUCUUUCUGCUACCCCAGACAUUAACGUCACAGUAGCAUGUAGAACACUAGCCAACGCUCAACAAUUAGCUGCUGCCUCUGGCUCCAAGGCCAUCUCUUUGGAUGUGACCGAUGAUGCCGCCCUAGACGCCGUAGUCCACCAACACGACGUGGUCAUCUCUCUAAUCCCAUACAUCUUCCACCCUAACGUGGUCAGAUCAGCCAUCAGAGAGAAGAAACACGUAGUCACCUCUUCCUACAUUUCUCCUGCACUAAGAGAACUGGAACCAGAAAUCGUCAAGGCCGGAAUCACAGUAAUGAACGAAAUUGGUCUGGAUCCAGGUAUCGACCAUCUUUACGCCGUCAAGACCAUCGAUGAAGUCCACAGAGCAGGAGGGAAGAUUAAAUCGUUCCUUUCCUACUGUGGUGGGUUGCCCGCUCCAGAGGAUUCCGAUAAUCCAUUAGGUUACAAGUUCUCUUGGUCUUCUAGAGGUGUCCUAUUGGCAUUGAGAAACUCCGCCAAGUAUUGGAAGGAUGGGAAGAUCGAAACUGUCUCUUCAGAGGACUUGAUGGCUUCCGCUAAGCCUUAUUUCAUCUACCCUGGGUACGCCUUCGUUUGUUAUCCAAACAGAGAUUCCACUGUGUUUAAGGAAUUGUAUCAUAUCCCAGAGGCUGAUACUAUCAUUAGAGGUACUUUGAGAUACCAGGGGUUCCCUGAGUUUGUUAAAGUAUUGGUCGAUAUGGGUAUGUUGAAGGAUGACGAAUCUGAAUAUUUCAAGAAACCAAUUCCAUGGAGGGAUGCAUUGGCUGGUGUGCUUGGUAGUAAGAGUAAUUCUAGAGAAGAUCUAAUUAGUGCCAUUGACUCUAAGACGAAAUGGAAAUCUGAUGAAGAUAGAGAGAGAAUCAUUUCAGGGUUAGCAUGGUUGGGUAUGUUCUCUGAAACUCCAAUUACACCAAGAGAUAACAAUGCUCUAGAUACAUUGUGUGCUCGUUUGGAAGAAUUAAUGCAAUAUGAAGAAGGUGAACGUGAUAUGGUUGUCUUGCAACAUAAAUUCGGUAUUGAAUGGGCCGAUGGUACUACAGAAACAAGAACUUCCACUUUGGUCGACUAUGGGAAGGUCGGCGGUUACAGCUCCAUGGCUGCCACCGUUGGGUUACCUGUCGCCACUGCUACUAGAUUAGUAUUGGAUGGAACUAUAAAGGGUCCAGGUUUGGUUGCUCCAUACUCUCCUGAAAUUAAUAAUCCAAUUAUGAAGGAAUUGAAAGAAAAAUACGGUAUUUAUUUGAAGGAAAAGACCAUUGCUUGA